AUGGGUAUACCGGGGUUCUUUCGAUGGCUGUCUUUGCGGUAUCCUCAUAUAGUUGAAGCAGUAAAGAAAACAUCCAGAAGUAAAACUGAUUUCUUGUACCUAGAUAUAAACGCCUUAUUUCAUGUUGCGUUUAGAAGUAUGGAAAAAAAGGCAUCAAAAUCAAAUUUUACAUCCCGUCGUAUGUUAUCAAGAGUCUUUAAGGAAAUGGACGUUGCUUUCAAUGUUUGUGAUCCUCAAGUGCUAGUGUAUAUUGCAAUGGAUGGUGUUGCACCUAGAGCGAAAAUGAAUGAACAACGAUCACGAAGAUUCUUAUCUCGGGAAGGAUCUCGCAUAACAGAAGAAAACGAUACACAUUUUGAAGAUUCAUCUGCUAAAUCUGAGCAAUCGCAAUUAACUGCUCGUGUAAAAAACUCUUCAGGAUUCUUUGUCCCCGUAGACAGUGCAUCGAUAUCAUCAGGAACCGAAUUCAUGCAAGCUGCAAACGAUGCUAUUAGAUUUUAUAUAUACCAACGUUUGAACGGCAAACUCAAAAAUCUUCAAAUAAUACUUGAUGAUUCCAGUGUGGCUGGUGAAGGCGAACAUAAACUUUUCCGAUUUUUAACUGCGCAACGUAAUCAUCCGGGAUAUAACACCAAGUAUCGACAUGUCGUUUGCGGUUGUGAUGCCGACUUUAUCAUGUACGCUCUACUUACACACGAGCCUAAUUUGCGUAUAUUACGUCCUGGCUUAAAGGGCAAUGAUGUCAUUCUUAAUAUCAACAGACUUCGUAAACAUAUAAUUCGUGAUAUGGUAGUGCAAGUAACAUCAGAUAUUAAAGAAGACAACAUUAUCGAUGACUUUGUUUGCAUUGCUAAUUUGCUUGGCAAUGAUUUUAUUCCACGGAUUAAAUCUCUAGGAGAGACACGUGUUGAUAUUUUAUUUCAAGCUUAUCAAACAUAUUUUAGUCAAGCUAAAUCUUAUAUUACUAACAAAGGUAAAAUAAACAUCACUAAUUUCCUUAAAUUUUUUGAGCAUCUAAAGUCAAAACCUGAUCGUUCAAGGAGAAGUUUUGAUCUUAUGUCUGAGGAGAAAAACAUCUCAGAAAUAGCAAAGAGAGCAAAUGACUAUGUAAAGACAAUUUGUUGGGUAUUUCAAUAUUAUAAUGGUGAUUGUCCAAGUUGGAGACAUUUCUAUCCACAUCAUAGACCACCAUCCAUUCAGGACAUAUUAAAGCAUGUAAAGGCAGCAAAUUUUGAUCAAACUUUCAUCCCAGACACCCCAAUACGACCUUUCGAACAAUUGAUGUGCAUACUUCCACCUAAAUGCAAUUAUCUUGUUCCAGAACCUUUCCGACCUUUAUUUACUGAUCCACAGUCUCCAAUUUAUGAAUUCUUUCCGAAAAAAUUCAAGAUAUCUAAUAACAAGGCUAUCCUACCAUUUGUUGAUGAAGCGCGUUUGAUGCAAGCCAUGGCAUCAGGAUAUGCUUUAUUAAAAAAGGAAGAUAUCGAAAGAAAUUCUAUAAAUGGAAGGGUUCAUAUUUAUGCUGGAUGUCAGUCAUCAACUUAUACGACCUUAAUUCCCCUUUGUAAAAGUAAAGGCGGUAGGUCUGCUUUCCCUGUAACUUCGGUAGUAUUUGGACAAUUAUCUUAUUGUGGGCCAAAGUUAAAGUUCAUCAAGGCACCUGUUGAUGAAUUUAACAAAAUAAAUCAUAACUCGGUUGCUACUGCAGAGUAUCAAUUACCAGGUAAGUUAAUAGAAGCAACUGACUGUGCGGCAUUAAGUCAAUUAAAGAGUGCCACCAACAAUUUACAACAAAAUAUGCCAUCAUCCUUGUACCAGCAAAGACAAGCCCUCACUACUAAACCAUACAAGCGAAGAAUUACAUAUACUAGCUAA